AUGAAUCCUACGAAGGCUGCUGCUCUGUCUCUUUGUGUUGCCUUCCUCUUUGCGAAUGGUCUUUACGCAGCGGUCCUUGGGUCACUGAAGUACCCUUUCGCCGCGGAUGACCACGGGCUUGUCUCGCAUCUGGAUGUGCAGAAUCGAGGACAAUCGAGUGCUAUCCCCAGGAGUGAGACUCCGCGGAAUGGUACUGCAGUUCACAUACCGUCGUAUAUGAUAUCACUGUACAGGACUCUGUCUCAGCUGGAGAGGAGAGGUAAUAACAACGUCUCCCGUUCAACGAGGCACGCUAACACGGUCACCAGCUUUAUGGACAUUGGAAAAGACUCCCCCCCGAGUGAGACGAGGCUGAGGCAGCGCUACGUGUUCGACGUGUCCAGUCUGUCCGGCGGUGACGAGCUGGUGGAGGCGGAGCUUCGUGUGUUGCGGAGGCCGGCGCCCGAGAGGGACGUCGUGCGCGCGCUGACCAGGGGAGGGAGCCUCUACCGCGUCCUGCUCUUCUCCUGCUCCGGCUCCGGCCCGGACGAGGCCCAGCGCCGCCCCAUCGCCGCGCUCACCGUCGACAUCCUGGACUCCGGCACGGGCACGCAGUGGGAUGUGCUGGACGUGACGUCCAGCCUGAAGACGCGGCGCAAGUCUCGCUGGAGCGGCGCGGGCGUCGGUGGGGGGGGAGUCGGAGCGGUCAGCUCGCUGUGCUUUGACGUGGUAGUGGUGUCGGACGCCACGGACGAGGUCACGGCGCCCUGGGCGCUGGGCUACGGGCGGCACGGGCGCGAGCCGCAGGAGCGGGCGCUCUUAGUGGCCUUCACGCGCACGCGGCGCCGGGAGAACCUGUUCCGCGAGAUCCGCCAGAAGAUGAGGGUCCUGACCGCGGCGCCGGCCGCCAGCCUGCUGACCGAGCUGCCCUUUGACCCCGGCAUGGAGGGCCGGCGGCCCCGCAGACGCAGACGCCGCAGGACUGUGCUGACCAGUCGAGGAGGAGGAGGAGGAGGAGGAGGAGGAGGAGGGGGCAGCGGUGGUGGUGGUCGUCGGCGUACUCGCUGCAGCCGUAAGCCGCUGCACGUGAACUUCAAGCAGCUGGGCUGGGACGACUGGAUCAUCGCGCCGCUGGACUAUGAGGCCUACCACUGCGAGGGCGUGUGUGACUUCCCGCUGCGCUCGCACCUGGAGCCCACCAACCACGCCAUCAUCCAGACGCUGAUGAACUCCAUGGACCCCGACACCACCCCCCCCAGCUGCUGUGUGCCCUCCAAGCUCAGCCCCAUCUCCAUCCUCUACAUCGACGCCGGCAACAACGUGGUCUACAAGCAGUACGAGGACAUGGUGGUGGAGAGCUGCGGCUGCAGGUAG